AUGCCAUCUGUACUAACAUUAUUGAUGGUAAUGAUGAUGAUAAUAUAUGAUGGUGUGGAAGUAGUGGAAUGUUUAGAAAUGUAUGAAACCGAUCCGGAAAUUGAUGAUCGAGAAAUUCGAAAAUUGUGUAGUCUUAAUCCCAACUUUGACAUUUGCCUUGAACGUAUUAUGGAGAAACUGAAAUCGAGCUAUACAAAUUUUGGGCGAUCAUAUUCUACCAUUUCAGAACUUGAACCACAUCUGAACGAAAAACGGAAAAGCGCAUAUAUGAGAUUUGGGAAACGUUAUGUAGACUCCAAUGAUGACAUAAAGAGAAAGUCAGCAUACAUGCGGUAA